GCGGCGCGCUGAGGAGAUCGAGGGUGCGCCCCGAGAGAGCCGCCGCUGCGGGACAAGUUUGUUACUCCUGAGAGUUGAACAAUGGGGAGGCAUUUGGCCUCGCUUCUGCUUCUGCUCCUCCUUCUCCAACAUUUUGGAGACAGUGAUGGAAGCCAAAGAUUUGAAGAGACUCCUCUACAGUUUACACAUUUCCAGUACAAUGUCACUGUGCAUGAGAACUCUGCGGCUAAAACCUAUGUUGGGCAUCCUGUAAAGAUGGGUAUUUACAUGACAAAUCCUUUGUGGGAACUACGGUACAAAAUUGUUUCAGGAGACAAUGAAAACCUAUUCAAAGCUGAAGAGUACAUUCUUGGAGACUUUUGCUUUCUAAGAAUAAGGACCAAAGGAGGAAAUACAGCUAUUCUUAAUAGAGAAGUGAAAGACCAUUAUAAUUUGAUUGUCAAAGCUGUUGAAAAAAAUACCAAUGCUGAAACACGGACAAAAGUUAGGGUACAAGUGCUGGAUACAAAUGACUUGAGACCGUUAUUCUCACCCACGUCCUACAGUGUUUCUUUACCUGAAAACACAGCUAUAAGGACCAGUAUUGCAAGAGUCAGUGCCACUGAUGCAGACAUAGGAACUAAUGGAGAAUUUUACUAUAGUUUUAAAGAUCGAACUGACAUGUUUGCUAUUCACCCAACCAGCGGGGCUAUAGUUUUAACUGGUAGACUUGAUUAUGUAGAGACCAAGCUCUAUGAGAUGGAAAUACUUGCUGUGGACCGAGGAAUGAAAUUGUAUGGUAGUAGUGGUAUCAGCAGCAUGGCCAAACUAACAGUUCACGUAGAACAGGCUAAUGAAUGUGCUCCUGUGAUAACAGCAGUGACAUUAUCACCAUCAGAACUGGACAGUGACCCUACAUAUGCAAUUGUAAGAGUGGAUGACUGUGAUCAGGGUGCCAAUGGGGAGAUAGCUUCUUUAAGUAUUGUGGCAGGUGACCUUCUCCAGCAGUUUAAAACAGUGAGAUCCUAUCCUGGGAGUAGAGAAUAUAAAGUCAAAGCUGCAGGUGGUGUUGACUGGGACAGUCAUCCCUAUGGCUACAAUCUGACAUUGCAGGCUAAAGAUAAAGGAACUCCUCCCCAGUUCUCUUCUGUAAAGGUAAUUCAUGUGACUUCUCCACAGUUCAGAGCUGGGCCAGUCAAGUUUGAAAAGGAUGUUUACAGAGCAGAGAUAAGUGAAUUUGCUCCACCCAACACACCUGUGGUCCUGGUAAAAGCAAUCCCUAGUUAUUCACAUUUGAGAUAUGUUUUUAAAAGUACACCUGGAAAAACUAAAUUCAGUUUAAAUCACAAUACUGGUCUGAUAUCCAUUUUGGAUCCAAUUAGAAGACAGCAGGGUUCCCAUUUUGAACUUGAGAUAACGACAAGUGACAGAAAAGCCUCCACCAAAGUUUUGGUUAAAGUCUUAGGUGCAAAUAGCAACCCCCCUGAAUUUACCCAGACAGCCUACAAAGCAUCCUUUGAUGAGAAUGCACCUGUUGGUACCACAGUCAUGAGUGUCAGUGCUGUAGACCCUGAUGAAGGUGAGAAUGGGUACGUGACUUACAGCAUUGCCAAUUUAAAUCAUGUGCCUUUUGUGAUUGACCAUUUCACUGGUGCUGUGAGUACUUCUGAAAACUUGGACUAUGAACUGAUGCCCCGAGUUUAUACCCUACGGAUUCGCGCAUCAGACUGGGGCUUGCCAUACCGCCGAGAAGUUGAAGUCCUUGCUACAAUUACUCUGAAUAAUCUAAAUGACAACACACCCUUGUUUGAGAAAAUAAAUUGUGAAGGAACAAUUCCCAGGGAUCUAGGUGUGGGAGAUCAGAUCACGACUGUUUCUGCUAUUGAUGCUGAUGAACUCCAGUUGGUACGAUACCAGAUUGAAGCUGGAAAUGAACUAAAUUUGUUUAGUUUAAACCCCAACUCGGGAGUUUUAUCAUUAAAGCAGUCACUAAUGGAUGGCUUAGGUGCAAAGGUAUCUUUCCACAGUCUGAGAAUUACAGCUACAGAUGGAGAAAAUGUUGCCACACCAUUAUAUAUCAACCUAACUGUGACCGCCGGUCGUAAGCUAGUAAACUUGCAGUGUGAAGAGACUGGUGUUGCCAAAAUGCUGGCAGAAAAACUCCUGCAGGCAAAUAAAUUACACAACCAAGGGGAAGCGGAGGAUGUUUUCUUUGACUCUCACUCUGUCAAUGCUCACGCACCGCAGUUUAGAAGUGCCCUUCCAGCUGCUGUAAAGGUAAAGGAAAAUCAGCCCGUGAGUUCCAGCAUAAUUUCCAUGAAUGCCACUGACCUUGACUCCGGAUUCAAUGGGAAACUGGUCUAUGCUAUUUCUGGAGGAAAUGAAGAUAGCUGCUUCAUUAUUGACAUGGAAACAGGAAUGCUGAAAAUUUUAUCUCCACUUGACCAUGAAACAACAGACAAAUAUACCCUGAAUAUCACCGUGUAUGACCUUGGUAUACCACAAAAGGCUGCUUGGCAUCUUCUAGAUGUCAUAGUUCUGGAUGCCAAUGAUAAUCCACCUGAAUUUUUACAGGAGAGCUAUUUUGUUGAAAUAAGUGAAGACAAAGAGGUUGACAGUGAAAUCAUUCAGGUUGAAGCCACCGAUAAAGAUCUAGGACCUAAUGGACACGUGACAUACUCUAUUCUUACAGACACGGACAAGUUUUCAAUUGACAGCGCAACUGGUGUUGUUAAAGUUGUGCACCCUUUGGAUCGUGAAGUACAACAUGUGCACUACUUGAAGAUUGAGGCACGGGAUCAAGCUAGAGAAGAACCCCAGCUGUUUUCUACUGUGCUUCUGAAAGUGUCGCUAGAAGAUGUUAAUGACAACCCACCCAAGUUUAUUCCACCUAAUUAUCGUGUGAAAGUUCGAGAGGAUCUUCCAGAAGGAACCAUAAUCAUGUGGUUAGAAGCCUAUGAUCCUGAUCUAGGUCAGUCCAGCCAGGUGAGAUACACUCUUUUGGACCAUGGAGAAGGACACUUUGAUGUGGAUAAGCUCAGUGGAGCAGUUAGAAUUGUACAGCAGCUGGACUUUGAAAAGAGGCAAGUCUACAACCUCACCGUGAGGGCCAAAGACAAAGGAAAACCAGUUUCUCUGUCUUCCACCUGCUUUGUUGAAGUUGAGGUAAUUGAUGUGAAUGAGAACUUGCACCGACCAGUGUUUCCUAGUUUUGUGGAAAAAGGUGUAGUGAAAGAAGAUGUCCCUCUUGGCUCAUCAGUGAUGACUGUGUCAGCUCAUGAUGAAGACACAGGAAGAGAUGGGGAGAUCCGCUACUCCAUUAGAGAUGGCUCUGGUGUUGGUGUUUUCAAGAUAGAUGAAGAAACAGGUGUCAUAGAGACUUCAGACCGGCUGGACCGCGAAUCGACCUCCCACUACUGGCUGACAGUCUAUGCAGCUGAUCAGGGUGUCGUGCCUCUCUCGUCGUUUAUCGAGAUCUACAUAGAGGUUGAAGAUGUCAACGACAAUGCACCCCAAACAUCAGAGCCUGUUUAUUAUCCAGAAGUAAUGGAAAAUUCACCCAAGGACGUGUCUGUCAUCCAAAUCGAAGCAUUUGAUCCAGAUUCUAGCUCUAAUGACAAGCUGACGUACAAAAUUACAAGUGGAAAUCCACAAGGAUUCUUUGCAAUCCAUCCUAAAACUGGUCUCAUCACAACCACAUCAAGGAAACUAGAUCGAGAACAGCAAGAGGAACAUAUAUUGGAAGUUACUGUGACUGACAAUGGUAAUCCUCCAAAAUCAACCAUUGCAAGAGUAAUUGUGAAAAUUCUUGAUGAAAAUGACAACAAACCUCAGUUCCCGCAGAAGUUUUAUAAGAUCAGACUCCCAGAGCGGGAAAAACAAGAACGAGAAAGAAAUGCCAAACGCGAGCCUCUCUAUCGUGUGAUAGCUACAGACAAAGAUGAAGGUCCCAAUGCAGAAAUCUCAUACAGCAUCGAGGAUGGCAAUGAGCAUGGCAAAUUUUUUAUAGAGCCAAAAACUGGAGUGGUUUCAUCCAAAAAGUUCUCUGGAGCCGGAGAAUAUGAUAUUCUCUCUAUUAAGGCAGUUGAUAAUGGUCGCCCUCAAAAGUCAUCAACCACUAGACUCCAUAUUGAAUGGAUCUCCAAACCCAAGCCAUCUUUGGAGCCAAUUUCAUUUGAAGAAACAUUUUUUACCUUUACUGUAAUGGAAAGUGAUCCAGUUGCUCACAUGAUCGGAGUCAUAUCUGUUGAGCCACCUGGAAGACCUCUUUGGUUUGACAUCAUUGGUGGCAACUAUGAUAGUCACUUUGAUGUGGACAAGGGCACUGGAACUAUUAUCGUUGCCAAACCUCUUGAUGCAGAACAAAAAACAAACUAUAACCUCACAGUUGAGGCUACAGAUGGAACCAGCACUAUCCUCACACAGGUAUUCAUCAAAGUAAUAGAUACAAAUGAUCAUCGUCCUCAGUUUUCCACAUCAAAAUAUGAAGUUGUUAUACCUGAAGAUACAUUACCAGAAACAGAAAUUUUGCAAAUCAGUGCUGUGGAUAAGGAUGAAAAAAACAAACUAAUCUACACUCUGCAAAGUAGUAUAGAUCCAUUGAGUCUCAAGAAAUUCCGUCUUGAUCCUGCAACUGGCUCUCUAUAUACUUCUGAAAAACUUGAUCAUGAAGCCAUCCAUCAGCAUGUUCUCACUGUCAUGGUUCGUGAUCAGGAUGUCCCUGUAAAACGCAACUUUGCAAGAAUUAUUGUUAAUGUCAGUGACACGAAUGACCAUGCCCCAUGGUUCACCAGUUCCUCCUAUGAAGGGCGGGUUUAUGAAUCGGCAGCUGUCGGCUCAGUUGUGUUGGAGGUUACUGCUCUGGAUAGAGACAAAGGAAGGAAUGCUGAAGUGCUGUACUCAAUUGAAUCAGGAAAUAUUGGAAAUUCUUUUACAAUUGAUCCUAUCCUGGGUGCUAUAAAAACUGCCAAAGAAUUAGAUCGAAGUAACCAAGUGGAAUAUGACUUAAUGGUCAAAGCUACAGACCAAGGAAAUCCACCAAUGAGUGAAAUAACUUCUGUGCAUAUCUUUGUCACAAUUGCUGACAAUGCCUCUCCUAAAUUUACAUCAAAAGAAUAUUCUGUUGAAAUCAGUGAAACCAUCAGCAUUGGGAGUUUUGUGGGAAUUGUUACAGCACAUAGUCAGUCAUCAGUGGUAUAUGAAAUAAAAGAUGGAAAUAUAGCUGAUGCUUUUGAUAUUAAUCCACACUCUGGGAGUAUCAUCACUCAGAAAGCCCUGGAUUUUGAAACAUUACCCAUUUAUACUUUGAUAAUCCAAGGAACUAACAUGGCUGGGCUGUCCACUAAUACAACUGUUCUAGUGCAUCUACAGGAUGAAAACGACAAUUUACCAGUUUUUAUGCAGACAGAAUACAUAGGACUCAUUAGUGAAUCAGCUGCUCCCAACAGUGUGAUUCUGACAAACAAGAAUGUCCCACUUGUGAUUCGAGCAAGUGAUGCUGAUAGAGAAUCAAAUGCUUUGCUUGUGUAUCACAUUGUUGAACCAUCAGUGCACAAAUAUUUUGCUAUCGAUUCAAGCACUGGAGCCAUUCAUACAGUACUAAGUUUGGACUAUGAAGAAACAAGUGUUUUUUACUUUACUGUGCAAGUUCAUGACAUGGGGACACCACGUUUAUUUGCUGAAUAUGCAGCUAACGUGACUAUACAUGUAAUUGACAUUAAUGACUGUUCUCCUGUGUUUUCCCAAUCAUUAUAUGAAGCUUCUCUCUUGUUGCCUACGUACAAAGGAGUGAAAGUCAUCACUGUAAAUGCUACAGAUGCUGAUUCAAGUGCGUUCUCGCAGUUAAUGUACUCCAUCACCGAAGGCAACAUCGGGGACAAGUUUUUUAUGGACUAUAAGACUGGGACUAUAACAGUACAGAACACAACUCAGUUAAGAAGCCGCUAUGAGUUAACCAUUAGAGCUUCUGAUGGCAGAUUUGCCAGCUUUACUUCUGUGAAAGUCAAUGUGAAAGAAAGCAAAGAAAGUCAGCUGAAGUUUACCCAAGACUUCUACUCUGCAAAAGUUAUGGAGAAUUCCACUGAAGCCAAAACAUUAGCUGUGAUUACUGCUAUAGGAAACCCCAUCAAUGACCCUUUGUUUUACCAUAUCCUGAACCCAGAUCGCCGAUUUAAAAUAAGCCGCACUUCAGGAGUACUUUCCACUACUGGGUUACCAUUUGAUCGUGAACAGCAGGAGACAUUUGAUGUGGUUGUAGAAGUAACAAAAGAGCAUAAGCCUUCAGCUGUGGCCCACGUUGUUGUGAAAGUCACUGUAGAAGACCAAAAUGACAAUGCACCUGUGUUUGUCAACCUUCCCUAUUAUGCUGUUGUGAAGGUGGAUACUGAGGUGGGCCAUGUGAUUCGCCAUGUUACUGCCAUAGACAGAGACAGUGGCAGAAAUGGUGAAGUGCAUUACAGUCUCAAGGAACAUCAUGAACACUUUGAAAUUGGACCGAUGGGUGAGAUUUCAUUAAAAAAGCAGUUUGAACUGGACACCUUAAAUAAAGAAUACCUUGUCACCGUAAUUGCAAAAGAUGGGGGCAGCCCAGCUUUUUCAGCUGAAGUUAUUGUUCCAAUCACUGUCAUGAAUAAAGCCAUGCCUGUGUUUGAGAAACCUUUCUAUAGUGCAGAGAUUCCAGAGAACAUUCAGAUGCAUAGCCCAGUUGUCCAUGUACAAGCCAACAGCCCAGAAGGGUUGAAAGUGUUCUACAGCAUCACAGAAGGAGACCCUUUUAGCCAGUUUUCUAUUAAUUUCAAUACAGGAGUUAUUAAUGUCAUAGCUCCUCUGGAUUUUGAGUCCCACCCAGCAUAUAAGCUAAGCAUCCGAGCCACGGACUCCUUGACAGGGGCACAUGCUGAAGUCUUUGUUGACAUAAUAGUAGAAGAUAUCAAUGACAAUCCUCCUGUGUUUGUUCAGCAGUCUUAUGCAGCAACCCUGUCUGAGGCGUCUGUAAUUGGAACAUCUGUCGUUCAAGUUAAAGCAACAGAUUCUGAUUCAGAACCCAAUAGAGGAAUUUCAUACCAGAUGUUUGGAAAUCAUAGUACGAGUCAUGAUCAUUUUCACAUAGACAGCAGCACUGGGCUCAUUUCACUAGUCAGAACUUUGGACUAUGAACAGUUCCAGCAGCACAAGAUUUUCAUAAGGGCUAUUGAUGGUGGCAUGCCCACACUGAGCAGUGAUGUGAUUGUCACUGUGGAUGUCACUGACCUCAAUGAUAAUCCACCACUCUUUGACCAACAGAUUUAUGAAGCCACAAUUAGUGAGCAUGCCAUUUAUGGACAUUUUGUGAUGUGUGUAAAGGCCUAUGAUGCAGAUAGUUCAGAUGUAGACAAGUUAGAAUACUCCAUUCUGUCUGGCAAUGAUCAUAAGAAUUUUGUCAUUGACAGUGAAACAGGGAUUAUCACACUCUCGAACCUGCGCCGGCACACCUUGAAGCCAUUUUACAGUCUUAACGUUUCUGUUUCUGAUGGGGUUUUCCGAAGUUCAGCCCAGGUUCAUGUAAUAGUAAUUGGAAGCAAUUUUCACAGUCCUGUUUUUCCUCAGAAUGAAUAUGAAGUUGAGCUAGCUGAAAACGCUCCCUUACAUACGCUGGUGAUUGAGAUUAAAGCAACUGAUGGGGACUCUGGUAUUUAUGGUCACAUUACUUACCAUAUUAUAAAUGACUUUGCCAAAGACAGGUUUUACACAAAUGAGAGGGGGCAGCUGUUUACUUUGGAAAAACUCGAUCGGGAAACCCCAGCAGAGAAAGUAAUUCCAGUUCGUUUAAUGGCCAAGGAUGGUGGAGGAAAAGUUGCUUUCUGUACCGUUAAUGUGAUCCUUACAGAUGACAAUGACAAUGCACCACAAUUUCGAGCCACCAGGUAUGAAGUGAACAUUGGAUCCAACGCUGCCAAAGGGACUUCAGUCAUUAAAGUUAUUGCAAGUGAUGCUGAUGAAGGAUCCAACGCCGAUGUCACCUAUGCCAUUGAAGCAGAUUCUGACAGUGUAAAGGAGAAUUUAGAAAUUAACAAACUGUCUGGGGUGAUAACUACAAAAGAAAGCUUAAUUGGCUUAGAAAAUGAAUUCUUCACUUUUUUUGUUAGAGCUGUGGAUAAUGGUUCUCCCCACAAAGAAUCUGUAGUUCCUGUUUAUGUCAAAAUACUUCCACCAGAAAUACAGCUUCCAAGAUUUUCAGAACCAUUUUAUACCUAUACAAUCUCAGAAGACAUGCCUAUUGGCACAGAAAUAGAUCUCAUCCGAGCAGAACAUAGUGGGACCAUCCUUUACAGCCUGGUCAAAGGGAAUACUCCUGAAAGUAACAGGGAUGAAUUCUUUGUGAUUGACAGGCAGAGUGGGCGACUGAAACUGGAGAAGAGUCUUGACCAUGAGACAACUAAAUGGUAUCAGUUCUCCAUACUUGCCAGGUGUACUCACAAUGACUAUGAGGUGGUGGCUUCAGUAGAUGUUAGCAUCCAAGUAAAAGAUGCAAAUGACAACAGCCCAGUCGUGGAGUCUAAUCCAUAUGAGGCAUUUGUUGUUGAAAACUUGCCAGCAGGAAGCCGAGUCAUCCAGGUCUGGGCAUCUGAUCUAGACUCAGGUACUAAUGGCCAAGUCAUGUAUAGUCUAGAUCAGUCACAGAGUAUAGAAGUCAUCGAGUCAUUUGCCAUUAACAUGGAAACAGGCUGGAUUACAACCCUAAAGGAACUUGACCAUGAAAAGAGAGACAAUUAUCAGAUUAAAGUGGUUGCAUCUGACCAUGGUGAGAAGGUCCAGUUAUCUUCCACAGCCAUCGUGGAUGUUACCGUUACUGAUGUCAAUGAUAACCCACCACGCUUCACGGCCGAGAUUUAUAAAGGAACUGUGAGUGAAGAUGAUCCACCAGGAGGUGUGAUUGCCAUCUUAAGUACUACGGAUGCGGAUUCCGAAGAGAUCAACAAACAAGUUACAUAUUUCAUAACAGGAGGUGAUGCUUUGGGACAAUUUGCUGUUGAAAAUUUGCAGAAUGAAUGGAAGGUCUAUGUGAAGAAACCUCUGGAUAGGGAAAAAAGGGACAAUUAUCUUCUGACAAUCACAGCAACUGACGGCACUUUUUCAUCAAAAGCUAUAGUUGAAGUGAAAGUACUUGAUGCAAAUGACAACAGUCCAGUUUGUGAAAAGACGUUAUAUUCAGACACCAUUCCUGAAGAUGCUCUUCCGGGGAAAUUGAUCAUGCAGGUCUCCGCUACAGAUGCAGAUAUCCGUUCCAAUGCUGAAAUUACUUACACUUUAUCUGGUUCAGGUGCUGAAAAAUUCAAACUCAAUCCAGACACAGGUGAAUUGAAAACAUUAGCCUCCCUUGAUCGUGAGGAACAAGCAGUUUAUAAUCUUCUAGUCAAGGCCACAGAUGGAGGUGGAAGAUACUGUCAAGCCAACAUUGUGCUCACACUAGAAGACGUGAAUGAUAAUGCACCUGAAUUCUCUGCUGAUCCGUACGCCAUCACUGUGUUUGAGAACACAGAGCCUGGUACACCAUUGACAAGGGUGCAGGCCACAGAUGCAGAUACAGGUUUGAAUCGAAAGAUUUCCUACUCACUGGUUAACUCUGCUGAUGGACAAUUCUCCAUUAAUGAAUUAUCUGGAAUUAUUCAAUUAGAAAAGCCCUUGGAUCGAGAACUACAGGCAGUCUAUACCCUUACUCUGAAAGCUGUAGAUCAUGGUUUGCCAAGGAGGUUGUCAGCUACUGGUACUGUAAUUGUAUCAGUUUUAGAUAUAAAUGACAACCCUCCUGUGUUUGAAUACCGUGAAUAUGGUGCCACAGUGUCUGAAGACAUUCUUAUCGGGACAGAAGUUCUGCAAGUAUAUGCAGCAAGUCGGGAUAUCGAAGCAAAUGCAGAAAUCACCUAUUCAAUAAUUAGUGGAAAUGAACAUGGAAAAUUCAGCAUAGAUUCUAAAACAGGGGCCAUAUUCAUCAUUGAAAAUCUGGAUUAUGAAACCUCUCAUGGAUAUUACCUAACUGUAGAAGCCACUGAUGGAGGCACCCCAUCAUUAAGUGACGUUGCAACUGUGAACAUCAACAUAACCGACAUCAAUGAUAACACCCCAGUGUUCAGCCAGGACACCUAUACAACAGUGAUCAGUGAAGAUGCUGUUCUGGAACAGUCUGUCAUUACGGUUAUGGCUGAUGAUGCUGAUGGACCUUCAAACAGCAUUAUCCACUAUUCAAUUAUAGAUGGCAAUCAAGGAAGUCCAUUCACAAUUGACCCUGUGAAGGGAGAAGUGAAAGUGACUAAGCUUCUGGACCGGGAAACAAUUUCUGGUUACACACUCACCAUUCAAGCUUCUGACAACGGCAGUCCACCCAGAAUCAGCACAGCGACCGUGAACAUUGAUGUGUCUGAUGUCAAUGACAACCCCCCCAUCUUCUCCAAGGGAAACUACAGCGUGAUCAUCCAGGAAAACAAACCUGUGGGCUUCAGUGUGCUGCAGCUAGUGGUGACAGACAAGGAUUCUUCUCACAAUGGCCCACCCUUCUUCUUUACCAUUGUGAGUGGAAAUGAUGACAGAGCAUUUGAAGUGAGCCAACAAGGAGUCCUGAUGACUGCAGCUACCAUUGACAAGAAGUCAAGAGAUCACUACUUACUGCUGGUGAAGGUGUCAGAUAAUGGAAAGCCACAGUUGUCGUCUUUGACAUACAUUGAUGUUCAUGUUAUCGAAGAGAGCAUCCAUCCUCCUGCAAUUUUGCCACUGGAAAUUUUCAUUACUGCCUUUGGAGAGGAAUAUUCGGGAGGUGUCAUCGGGAAGAUCCAUGCAACAGACCAGGAUGUCUAUGACACUUUAACCUACAGUCUUGAUCCCCAGCUGGACAGCCUGUUUUCUGUGUCCAGCACUGGGGGUAAGCUGAUAGCACACAAAAAGCUGGAUAUAGGGCAGUAUCUUCUCAAUGUCAGUGUAACAGAUGGAAAGUUCACAACUGUGGCUGACAUCACAGUGCAUAUCAGACAAGUGACACAAGAGAUGCUGAACCAUACCAUCGCACUCCGCUUUGCCAAUCUCACCCCGGAAGAAUUUGUUGGUGACUACUGGCGCAACUUCCAGCGGGCUUUACGGAACAUCCUGGGAGUCAGGAGGAAUGAUGUGCAGAUUGUGAGUCUGCAGGCCUCAGAGCCUCACCCACAUCUGGAUGUCUUACUCUUCAUAGAGAAAUCAGGUAGUACCCAAGUUUCAACAAAGCAGCUUCUGCACAAGAUCAAUUCUUCUGUGGCUGAUAUCGAGGAAAUCAUUGGUGUGAAGAUCUUGGAUGUGUUCCACAAGCUCUGUGCAGGACUGGAUUGUCCGUGGAAAUUUUGUGAUGAAAAGGUAUCUGUGGAUGAAAGUGUCAUGUCCACACACAGCACAGCCAGGCUGAGUUUUGUGACUCCUCGCCACCACAGAAUAGCUGUGUGCCUCUGCAAAGAGGGAACAUGUCCAUCUGUUCACCAUGGUUGUGAAGACCAUCCCUGCCCAGAGGGGUCUGAAUGUAUCGCUGACCCCAGAGAGGAGAAGUAUACCUGUGUCUGUCCUGGAGGCAAGUUUGGUCAGUGCCCAGGAGGUUCAUCUCUAACAUUUACUGGCAACAGUUUUGUAAAAUAUCGUCUCAUGGAAAAUGAGAACAAAUUGGAGAUGAAAUUAUCUAUGAAGCUAAGAACCUACUCUACACAUGCAGUUGUAAUGUAUGCUCGAGGAACUGACUAUAGUAUCUUGGAGAUUCAUAACGGAAGACUGCAAUACAAAUUUGACUGUGGAAGUGGCCCUGGGAUUGUCUCUGUUCAAAGCAUUCAAGUCAAUGAUGGGCAGUGGCAUGCAGUAUCUCUUGAAGUGAAUGGAAACUAUGCUAAACUGGUUCUUGACCAAGUCCACACUGCAUCAGGCACAGCACCAGGGACUCUGAAAACCUUAAAUCUAGAUAACCAUGUGUUUUUUGGCGGCCAUAUCCGUCAACAAGGAUCAAGGCAUGGAAGGAGCCCCCAAGUUGGUAAUGGCUUCAGAGGUUGUAUGGACUCCAUCUAUUUGAAUGGACAGGAGCUUCCUUUAAAUAGCAAACCGAGAAGCUAUGCACACAUUGAGGAGUCAGUGGAUGUUUCUCCUGGGUGCUUAUUAGCAGCUACGGAAGACUGUUCCAGUAACCCUUGUCAGAAUGGUGGUGUUUGCCAUCCAUCACCUGCUGGAGGUUAUUACUGCAAAUGCAGCCCCAUGUAUGUUGGGACAUACUGUGAGAUGAGCGUCAAUCCGUGCUCCUCCAAUCCAUGCCUCUAUGGUGGCACCUGCAUGGUGGACAAUGGCGACUUUGUUUGCCAAUGUAGAGGAUUAUAUACUGGUCAGAGGUGCCAGCUUAGUCCAUACUGCAAAGAUGAACCCUGUAAAAAUGGUGGAACAUGUUUUGACAGUUUGGAUGGUGCCGUUUGUCAGUGUGACUCAGGUUUUAGGGGAGAAAGGUGUCAGAGUGACAUUGACGAAUGUGCAGGGAACCCCUGCCGGAACGGGGCCCUCUGUGAGAAUACACACGGCUCCUACCACUGCAACUGCAGCCAGGAGUACAAAGGGAGACACUGUGAGGACGCCGCUCCCAAUCUAUACGUGUCGACCCCAUGGAACAUUGGUUUGGCUGAAGGCAUAGGAAUCAUUCUGUUUAUAGUAGGGAUAUUUUUGCUGGUGGUGGUGUUUGUCAUCUGCCGCAAGAUGAUUAGUCAAAGGAAGAAACACCAGGCAGAGCCUGAAGACAAACACUUGGGACCAACUACAGCCUUCUUGCAAAGACCAUACUUUGAUUCAAAGCUAAAUAAGAACAUUUAUUCAGACAUACCACCCCAGGUGCCUGUCCGUCCUAUCUCCUACACUCCAAGCAUCCCAAGUGACUCUAGAAACAAUCUGGACCGCAAUUCCUUUGAAGGAUCUGCUAUACCUGAGCACCCUGAAUUCAGCACUUUCAAUCCCGAGUCGAUGCAUGGACACCGGAAGGCGGUGGCUGUCUGCAGUGUGGCUCCAAACUUGCCUCCCCCGCCCCCAUCCAACUCUCCUUCUGAUAGUGACUCAAUCCAGAAGCCCAGCUGGGACUUUGACUAUGACACUAAAGUGGUGGAUCUUGAUCCCUGUCUUUCCAAGAAACCUUUAGAAGAGAAGCCUUCCCAGCCGUACAGCGCCCGCGAAAGCCUGUCUGAAGUGCAGUCUCUUAGCUCCUUUCAGUCUGAAUCAUGUGAUGACAAUGGGUAUCACUGGGAUACAUCGGAUUGGAUGCCAAGCGUUCCUCUGCCAGACAUCCAGGAGUUCCCUAACUACGAGGUGAUCGAUGAGCAGACACCGCUGUACUCCGCAGACCCGAGUGCCAUCGACACAGACUAUUAUCCCGGUGGUUAUGACAUCGAGAGUGAUUUCCCACCGCCACCGGAAGACUUCCCCGCGCCUGAUGAACUUCCCCCCUUACCUCCAGAGUUCAGCGACCAGUUUGAAUCCAUUCACCCUCCAAGAGACAUGCCGGCUGCAGGUAGCUUGGGCUCCUCACCGAGAAACCGGCAGAGGUUCCACCUGAAUCAGUACCUGCCCAGUUUCUAUCCCACCGAUAUGCCUGAACCUCAAAAAAAAGGCACUGGUGACAACAGUACUUGUCGAGAACCCUACGUUCCUUACCCUCCAGGGCAUCAAAGGAACUUUGAAGCCCCCACUGUAGAAAACAUGCCCAUGUCUGUGUAUGCUUCCACGGCUUCCUGCUCUGACGUGUCAGCGUGCUGUGAAGUGGAGUCCGAGGUCAUGAUGAGUGACUAUGAGAGCGGAGAUGAUGGCCACUUCGAUGAGGUGACGAUUCCGCCGCUCGAUUCCCAGCAGCAUACAGAAGUCUGACACUCAAACUUCCCCGCCCCCCAUAAAGUGCCUGGACUUUAACAAACCUAGAGAUUAUAUAAAUACUCUCCUGCAUUGUUCUUUGUAGCAGUGCUUGAGCGCUUCUUUUCGGUGAGCUAAAAUGGGCAUGGCUGCACUGAAUCACACGCCACUUGACAUGUCAGCCAUUUCCAGUGUCCUAACCUACUGUAAUUGGAUGAGACUGUCCUUAGCUGUUUCAUUUCUAAACGUCUUCUUUUGUAUUUACAUCUGUCCAUGUUCAAAUAAUGGAAAAAAAAAUCAGUCCCACUGUCUCGUUAGCAUGACUCAUGUAUUUAUAUAGAUUUGAUUACUUUAAUUUUCCUGUCUUUUCUUUUUUGUAAAUUUUAUGUACAGAUUUGAUUUUUUUCAUAGUUUGAACUAGGUUUUUAAAAAUACAUUGUGCAUUUGUUUCCAACUGAAUCUUGGUGGUGUUAGUAUCAUUACCUAGCACCCUGAUUUUUAAAUAUAACCAGGGCCUCAUUAUAUGUUGUUUUCCACUGACGUAUGACAUUUCAUUACUACAUUUCAAUAGUCAUUUAUUUCCAGUUGUAUAUAAGAUGAGGAAAGAUCUGAUACAUGGACAUGUCUUAAAUGGGUUGCUUUAUUUUAGAAUUAUAAACAUUUUUCAUUAUUGGAAAGUGUAACGGGGACCUUCUGCAUAUCUGUGUAGAACCAAAACCACCAUGACACAGUUUUUAUAGUGUCUGUAUAUUUGUGAUGCAAUGGUCUUGUAAAGGUUUUUACUGAAAAUUACCAUUAGCCAGUCUUUCUUACUGACAAUAAAUUAUUAAUAAAAUC